UUUUGUCCAUGUUGCUGCUUUUUCUAAGGCUACGUUUGAUGUCGUGGAUGCUUGAGAGUAAUUUUCAGUCUGUUUAGCGUAGUGCAUUCUGGUUGCCUUAGCGUUGUUUCCAAAUUGGUGGAGGAAGAAUACGAAGGAGACAUUGAACAAUCCCAACUCUUUCGUGGGUAUUCAAUUCGAAAGUCAAAGGGAUUGCUUGGAAUAGUUGCAGAUGCAAAAAAGCACUCAGGCCAGCUGUUUCUGAGCUCCAUUUUCGAUGAUAAGCAAGAAGUUGCAUUAAAGGAGGAAAAUUUUCGACCGAGGGGUUCUGCUCUUGAUGCGGAAUAGAGUGAACUGGGGCUCCAUCUUUGUGUUCUACUGCUUCUGUUUGUUGGUAAAAGUUGAUGCGUCAUCUCGCCACCAGCUCCCCCAUGAUCCCUGCGACCUCAGCAUCCAGCGGAGGCCGGAGUUGUUGAGACCGGACCAGAUGACGGUCCUGAUCAACGGUUACUCUGAGUCUCGCAUUCCCCUCCUCCUGUCCAUCGCCACCUCCUACUCCGCAUCACCUGUCGUGGCAGCAGUGCUCGUCUUGUGGGGGAACCUGCAUACUCCACCUCGGCUCCUCUCCGAGCUCUCCCGCAACCUGUCAGCCGCUUCUCUUGGUGCCGCUCAGAUCUCUCUGGUCCCUCAAUCCUCAAGCAGCCUCAAUGCCAGGUUCCUUCCUCGGCCGCUCACGAUCGAGACGCGGGCCGUGCUGAUUUGUGAUGAUGACGUGGAGGUGGAUGCCAAGUCUCUGGAGUUCGCGUUCAGGGUGUGGGGGUCGAACCCGGACCGUAUAGUGGGGAUGUUUGGGAGGUCCCACGACAUGGACCUGGCCAGGAAGGAGUGGAUCUACACGGUGCACCCAGAUAGAUACUCAAUAGUCCUCACAAAGUUCAUGCUGUUGAAGACCCAGUACCUGUUCAGCUACAGCUGUGGCAGGGGGGCGAGGAUGAGGAGAGUGGUGGACGAGAUGGGUAACUGCGAGGACAUACUCAUGAACUUCUUGGUGGCCGAUGAGAUCAACACGGGUCCCAUCCUGGUUGGCGCUGAGAGGGUCAGGGAUUACGGGGAUGCAAGGAAUGACGGAGGUAGUGGCGAGAAUAGGGAUGAGGUGAGAGAUGCAGGGCUAAGCAGGAGGGGAGAGCACAGGAAGAGGCGAGGGCAUUGCAUAAGGGAGUUCCACAAGGUGUUGGGGAGGAUGCCAUUGAGAUACUCCUAUGGCAAGAUGGUGAACUCGGUCGGAGAGCAAGGGCUUUGCAACAAAGGUGGCAAGCUUGUCUUCUGUGAUCAAUUCCUUGGUAGAAGAUGACCAUGUAUGCAAAGUUGAAAACAAACCGAAGACAAGCGGUGAGUCUAUGGAACUUGUUAGUAAUAGUCUCUUCGGCAAUGUGGAGAAUAAGGGAUAAUGUCGUCCACUGAUGCUGAUCCUGUGAUCAUUUCUCAUACCAACCAUCCAACAAAACAAAAUGGUUGAGACAGAAAGCAAUACCAAUGAAGGGACAACAAUCAGCAUACAAGCGGCAAAACAUACAAAAGGUCUUGACUAUUUAUAGUUAGUUCAUCAAGGAUGGUUCAGACUUUGUUCAUUAUGAUCUUAAACAGGUAAUUUAUGGAAAUACCAAUUUUUAGUUAUGUUACACUUAUCUCACUGUCUAUGGUUUCCUGAACUUCGCUUCUGCUCGACUUGCUGAUUAUAUUCUUUGAAUGGUUUUCCGGCCAUUCUGAAGUCUGUUAGCAGCAACUUACUUUGGAUGUGUAGUGUUGUGAAUAUUCUUGUGUCUAUUUGUGUUGGUCAUCAUGGUAGAAAAGUUCGGGAACUUGCUGUCAUAUCAUUGUGCCAUUGACUUGUAAAGGUUUUAAGGUACAUUAUUUAGUCCAAAUCGGUUUGCCUUGCUUCAUCGUCUGCACUACAGGAAUGAGAAUUCUCAUAAAUUUAUGAUUGGACCAGGAUUGCUGUUUUAUCUGUCAUCUUACUGACAUUUGCAUCCAAGUCCGAAUGGAUGUCAAACUGUUUGUUAUCUUCCAGAGGGCU